AUGGAGGCUCUGGCAUUGUACGAGUUCACGGCCUCAGGGGAGGAUGAGCUGAGCUUCAAGAAAGGGGAUAUUCUGAAGAUUUUAGGUUCUGACGAUAAUUGGUAUAAAGCAGAGCUCCAAGGCAGUGAUGGAUAUGUUCCCAAAAACUAUGUGGAGGCUCAAUUCCCAAGAUGGUACUACAAGGGCAUUUCCCGCGCUGAAGCUGAGAGCACGCUCAUGGCACGGCACCUGGGAUCAUUCAUCAUGCGAACCAGCCAGACAUCCAAGGGAGAGUUCUCUAUCUCCGUCAGGCACGAGGAGGAUGUGCAGCACUUCAAAGUCAUGAGGGACCCUCGAGGAAAUUAUUAUCUGUGGACGGAGAAAUUCAAAUCCCUCAACAAGUUAGUGGAACAUUACAAAACCUCAUCCAUUUCCCGGCAGAAACAGAUCUUACUGCGAGAAGAUGGUCCGCAUACGCAGCGAAUGCAAUUAGUCCAAGCGCUUUACGACUUUCAGGCCAUGGAAUCAGAUGAACUUGGCUUCCAGUCUAGUGAUAUAAUCGAAGUUCUAGACAGUUCAGAUUCUUCCUGGUGGAUGGGCCGUUUAAGGGGAAGAAUUGGACUUUUCCCAUCAAACUACGUGGCAAGCAUUGACCGGUGA